AAAAAAAAAAAAAAAAAAAAAAAGGACGGACCCCCUCCCUUGCCCUGUGACGACGAACGGGCACGCUUCCCAAAUGAUCUUGUUCCUCGUGACAGUUGUUCGACAAUUACCCAAUGCCUAAUACCCAAUGCUCAAUGCCAGAGAAGAGAAGAUGCAAUCUCCCGUCUUCGGGCCGGCCUCGUUGUGAGGUCAUUGGCUAUGAAUCUAGGCGAGGAAUGCAAGAAAGAUGUGCUGCAGCUCCAAUGCCUGCGUCUACGACAGCCUCUCUCUCACUCUCUCUCUCCUUUGUCUGCCCCUGUCCCCCACUGUCACUGUCACUGCCACUGUCACUGUCACUGUCACUGUCACUGUCACUGUCACCUUCACUAAUCUGCUCCCUCCCGGGCCGCAGGAGCACGUCCGAAACCCGGCUGCAUGCUGUCCGGGCCGUCAUUAUGUCAUCAUUGGAAGAGGUGGGCUGGGUGGUGCAAGCACGUUCCAAUGUGAUGACCUGCGAGCCAACGCACCGAGCAACACACAGCAACAAGGGAACUCUGCGGACUGGUCGAGUCGCCGCUCAACACGUAUGCAUGCCUUAUCUGAUAGUUUGUCUGGGAAAGGACCGCCAGGGAGGUACCUUGCCGUAACCCAAUUGGCCCCAUACCCUGCCCCCGAGCUUAUCGCUACGCAUCAUCCCUCAAACCUUAUCAUGGGAAGAUCCCAAGCCAACGAUUGCCACUGCCUAGGCGACUGUGAGCCGCCUCGAGGCCAUUGUACUGCCAGGGCCAAGGUACCUGCACCUACACCUGAACCUUGGUGGUUCUGUCUCCUUGGCUGAGCCUUGUGGUAGCGUAGCGCUUUGAUGCGACACGAUGCGACGCAAUACCACACGGGUGCAGCCUUCACAACUUCAGCCCAGUUUGCUCCCGAGGAAAGGAGGGGGGGGGCGGCCUCAGCGUUUCCUCCCUGGUUCGGAUUCUUUUCUGCGGAUGGG